AUGGACAAGACCGAGUACACGGCGAAACUGGAAGGUCUGUUGGAGGAAGAAGUUGCCUAUAAGCUUUCGGAGACUGGAGAGUUCAAGAUGCACGUGAACAGUGUAAACAAGGCGAGAGACAAGUUAAGGAAGGCGGGAGCCCUCAAGAGGCAGGAAGCACUGGCCGCAAAAGCCACCGAUGCCGCCAUGGCGCGCUUCUAUGGUCUGCCAAAAGUGCAUAAACCGGGAGUACCUCUACGCCCCAUUGUCUAA